AUGGACAUUCGAGUUCAGGCCAUCCUGAGCUCUUUGUGGCCGGCUGCGCGUCGGCCCUUGGCGCCCUUUCUGGUGCUGGGCGUUGACAUUCUGGACGCCUUGGACCUGGCCUCCUGCGAGGAGGCUUCGCCGCCCGCGACCUGGGAGCCAGAGCCCGGUGUGGCUCAAGAACUGGAUGGCCCCAGAGAAAGUCGUGUUGAUGAUCAAGACGACUUUCUCUGGGGCCAUCCAGUUCUUGAGCCACACCUGAUGAUGUGGAUCCGCAAAACGCGGGCGAUUUCCUCAUCACGCCAAGCCCCGGACAGGAGCCCGUGGAAGGUGUUUUCCGGCGGGACGGUGUGUUGCUACAGGGCUGGCAGGGGCAGCCAGACGGUGUCUGGAGAGAAGGAAGAUGGCUUCCGGGAAUGCUAG